UUUGUUGAUUUGUGUGAGAAACUCAACCUCCCUACAGACCAUAGAUUGGCCGAGUCUGGGACAAAUUUUGCACAAUUUAGUGCAGAAAGGCGUGAGUCAUGUCAGUGAUAAUUUCGCCAGAGGGCUUCCAAGGGUCGCAGAGGCAGCAGCCUCAGCCGCACGACCUGACCUUUCACCGCAACUUAGAUCAACGUGGCCAAAAUAUGGGUGUUUCAGUGGACGAAAUGACAAGCAACCUCAUCAAUAAUACUUGUUGUCCUAAGUGCGAGUUACCAAUUAACAGCAAGCAGAACAGACUCGUUCAAGACACUUGUGGGCACACAAAAUGUAGGAUUUGUUUGCUGAAAGAAGAAACUGGUUGCCUAGAAUGCCAACAAAGCGAGGAGCAAUUAAGGUACACAGAGUUGAGGCCACCUGUGAUAGAAUCCUACUGUUGCGAUUUGAACCCUGUGGACCAAAGGUAUCUUAAUUUAGAUGCUGGAUUUGACUGCCGAAAAUCGGUUGUUGAGCUUCAUUCCACGGACAAAUUUCUCCCCAUCCAGCAGCAACAACCACUAAAUCUGAUCAGUCCAGACUUCAGGUGUCCAUCACCGACUUUUACUCGAGACAAAAGCCCAGAAGUGAUGUUCGAGAGACUGCCUUGUGAGAAAACAGUUUCACUACCUUUCAAAAAGAGUCUGCGGUUCCCAAAAAUUGACCUUAAUUGCCAGAAGCAAGUUAUGGAGAGAAGACUAGCCAAUGCAGCAAUUCCUGUUCAAGAGGAGCCAAAAUUGUGCCUGGUAGAAGACAAGAAAGAAGUUGAGGAAACAUCACAAGAAAACAUUGUUGAAACAGAGAAGCCAGAAGAGGCCACAACUGAUAUUCCAAAAGAGAGUGAAGUGCAUGUUGAACAAAAUGAAGCUGGCAGUGCUAUAAAAACGAAAAAGAAGAGAGGGAAGAAGGCUGAACCACUGCCAAGUCAUAUUCAAGUGCAGAAAGGGGUUAAGAAAUCAUACACUUGCAAUGUCUGCAAGCGGAGUUUUUCAACCAGAGCUAAUGUUCACUAUCACAUAUCCUGUGGCAGCACAGAAAAACCAUUUGAGUGCACCCAAUGUGGGAAAGGGUUCAUCUCCAUCACCCACUACAAAAUUCACAUCCGAUCUCACUCUGGAAAGAGGCCGUUUGUGUGUGUUUACUGCAAUAAGGAUUUUGCUCAAAAAGGCAAACUGAGGAGGCAUAUGAUGCUCCAUACGGGGGAGAGACCAUACUGUUGUGAAAUUUGUGGAAAAGGAUUUAGAGAUCACAACGCGCUAACCAAGCACAAUGCAGUUCACUCGGAGGAACGGCUGUUUCCGUGCACCAAGUGUGAAAAACGAUUUAAGGACGUCAGCAAUUUGACCAAGCACAUGGUUGUGCACACAAAGGAUAAACCAUACAUGUGCGAACAGUGUGGGAAGAGUUUUGGUUUCAACGCAACCCUGUCGCAUCACAAACUGAUCCACACGAGAAGGAGGGAUCACGCGUGCAAGAUCUGCGACAUGGCAUUUAGACUGAAAAGAGAUUUGGGAAGGCACAUGGCAAUUCAUUCAGAUAGAAAGCCGUACAAGUGUCCGCUAUGUGAUAUUCCGGUGCGGCGCAAGGACAAUUUGGAGCGACACAUCCGCAACACUCACCCGAACGCGGGCAAAGGUUCGGAGGCGCGCGAAAAGCCCAACUCGGUACCGGUGAUCAACGCGACCCCGGCGGCCAAGUGAGGACAAUCGGCCAAAGAGCAACAACAUUUUGACUCGACGCCACACUUGAUAGAAAAAUUUAUUGCUUUUCAUAUGCGACCGAAUUUGUUUUUUGCCACUGCCGCCCAAGGUCAAUGUGCAGAUGGUUCUUCCAUCGGAAGUUUCUUUGCAGCCAGCCCUCUUUGCAAUCUCGCACCGAAUUCGUUGUUUUUUUACAGUCACGCAUGCCGUCUUCUCGCUCCUCAGCCUGUUUUGUUCAUUAUGCUCACGAUGCUGGUUGACGACAUGACGUAAGCGUUGUUAAUCUGAAAAUGUAUCCAGCUUCUGUGUGCUCCUCUCGAUUGGCUCAAAAUCGUCUCUAGACUGUGUGAUUUAACGUUUAAAUUUUGAGUUAAGAGAAUAAAUUGAUGCUUUGGUUUGAAAUAAUCAAAA